UGAGUCGGUGAAAGUGAACAACACUGAAACAACAACAACUGAACAAGUGAAGUACCCACUUCAUCAAGUUGAAGCUUAGGUUCUGUGCUGUUCAUUCCCAACACGUCCCUUCUUCACUUCCAUAGCUACUGAGAAAUCACCAUCUCUUGGAUCACUCACAUUCACAUAGCUAUGAGAAAUCACCUUCUCUUCUGUGCUUUCCUAGCACUUGCUCUUACAUGCUCUCUUCAUUUUCAAGCUCAAGCUGCUCCUUCAGGAUCAUUGAUCAAGCAUCUGUCUUCAAUUGUCAAAUGGACAAGGUCUAACUCUAAGACCCCUCAGUCAGAUGGGAAUGUUCUUCAAUUUGAGGAUGGUUAUGCAGUUGAGACUAUUGCGCAAGGAAACGAUAUUGGGGUCGUUCCUUAUGGGAUCCGUGUCAACAAGGAGGACGGUGAACUCUUUGCGGUUGAUGCAAUGAAUAGCAACAUUGUUCGAAUCACCCCACCAAUUUCCCAGUAUAGUAGAGGAAGAUUAGUAGCAGGGUCUUUUCAGGGAUACACAGGCCAUGUGGAUGGAAAACCAAGUGAUGCUCGUUUUAAUCAUCCCAGAGGCAUAGCCCUGGAUGAUAAAGGGAAUGUUUAUGUUGCUGAUACUGAGAAUCUGGCCAUCAGAAAAAUUGGAGAUGCUGGUGUAACAACCAUUGCUGGAGGAAAGUCAAAUGUUGCAGGGUACAGGGAUGGGCCCAGUGAGGAUGCUAAGUUCUCGAAUGAUUUUGAUUUGGUAUAUGUUCGGCCAACCUGUUCCUUGUUGGUCAUUGAUAGAGGAAAUGCGGCUCUUCGGCAGAUCUUUCUCAACCAGGAGGACUGUGAUUACCAAUCUAGUUCAAUUUCCAUGAUAGAUAUCCUCACAGUUGUUGGUGCUGUCAUAGUAGGAUAUGCUGUAUGCAUGCUUCAGCAGGGUUCUGGUUCCUCUUUCUUCUCACAAACACAACCAUCAGAAAAAGAAUUCAAAGACCAAGCAAGCAGCGAGAAACCUAAGGAGAGUCAUAAAGAGGAGCCAGGAUGGCCAUCUUUCAGACAACUUGUUGCCGAUCUUUCUAAGCUCUCUAUUGAUGCAUUGAAUAGUUCGUUCUUUCAAUUCAUACCCGCACGUUUCAGAUCAGACGCCACCAAGAGAGGCCUCACGCCGCUGAAAGAUCGUCUUAGGAUGCCUGAAGAUGAAGUGGAGCCACCAUUGGUCAGCAGGCACAGGCAGAGUGCUCCAGCUCCUCUUACUGAAAAUAUGCAGGUCCAUACUCCAAGCACAACAGCUGAGAAAUAUUCAGAAAUGAAGCCCCCUAAGAUAAAAUCAAGCACUUCAAAGGAUCCUUCUUUGUCAAGCAAGCACCGUUCCUCAAAAAGACAAGAGUAUGCUGAAUUCUACGGAUUCGGUGAGAUUCCACCUCAGACUAAAUCUAAGACUCAGAAACAAAGGUCAAGACUUCGGCAACGAGAGAAGAGUGGGGAAGUUGGAUCCGAGCAAAAGCCAGUUGAGAUCAGGGGUGUUGAUUAUGGUAGUUCGAAGUUUGAGCAUUACAAUAUGAGGACUAAGUAUGUACCAGAGGAGUCCUUGCGUUUCAAUACUCGUUAGCAGGUUUUACAUGAUUUUUCAUGUUCACCAGUGUCCUGUUGUCCUUUUACAUUGAAUAUGUUCAUCUACAUUGGUUAGGAGUUAGUCUGUAACUGAAGCUGAAGCUACAUUCGAAGUAAGAUUCUGCGUUUAGCAUAGCAUGAUAUGGGGUGUAACUAAUUUCUGACCAAACACUCAGAACUUUUGAUGAAUUAGCAUCCCACAUACAAAGGUGCUCAUUUCAAAGA